UUCAGUAGUCCAAUAAAAAAUGAACUCGGCUCUGAAGCCCGCCCUCCUUGGCGGAAAUUUCUGUCAAUCAAUAGACUAGCAUGCUAGGUUGUAAUGUAUAAUGGUAAACUAAAAGUGGAUUUGACGGGAUUCUCACAAAAGCCCAACACACUACAGAUGACCUCUUGACCCCGUUGGCAGGAAGCUAGUCAGACCAUGGCCGCUGGUGCUGCAGUUGGGGAGGGUCAGAUCCAAAGGAUUAUCAGAGAUCUGCACGAUGCUGUAUCAGAACUCACAAAGGAGUAUAAAGAGAACGGCGAGCCCAUUACAGAUGACAGCUCCAACCUGCACAAGUUUUCCUACAAACUGGAGUACCUGCUUCAGUUCGACCAGAAGGAGAAAACAACAUUUCUGGGGUAUAAAAAAGACUACUGGGAUUAUUUCAGCGACUGCCUGGCCAAAAUCAAAGGAGCAAAUGAUGGAAUCCGCUUUGUUAAAUCAAUUCCAGAGCUGAAGACGUCUCUGGGUAAGGGCAGAGCAUUUAUCCGUUACUCGCUGGUGCAUCAGCGGCUGGCUGACACUCUCCAGCAGUGCCUCAUGAACAACAGGGUCACCAGUGACUGGUAUAAUUCCCGGAGUCCAUUUCUCAAACCCCAUCUCAGUGUGGACAUCAUUAAUUACCUCUAUGAGCUCAAUGAUGUUCAAUUUGAUGUGGCAUCCAGGGGUCAUGACCUUGACUCAGAAUGGCCCACAUUUGCAAGGAGGACACUGGGAAUGACUAGCUCUCCAAGUCACAUGUGGAAACCACCGAGUCGUAGUUCCAGCAUCAACAGUCUGGCCAGCACAUACUCACAGCAGGCCCAUGAGUUCCCUGGGAGUCCAGACUUUGGACCUGGGCUUCUAUCAGACAUGUCUGUGCAAAACUCCAGUGGACUAAAUGAUUCUUCCAUCAGUGCUAUAGACGAACUCCGUCUGGAGCUGGACCAGUCUGAAUUAAAGCAAAGAGAGUUCCUUGACCAGGUGCAUCAGUUAGGCACCGAGGCGGGUGAACUCCGUGGGGUUGUGGUGGAACUCCAAAGGCAGCUGGAUGUCUCUCUAGCUGCCCAGGGUAACCAUCAGGAGCUCCAGCGGAACCUGGAGGUGCUAGCUGAGAGCGAACGGGCCCUAUCCCAUGAGCUGGAGGUCUUGAGGGGACGUGAGACCAUCAGAGAGGCCUCUCAUAAGGACCUUCAGGAAAUGUUGGCAGCAGCAGAGCGUAAAAAUGAGGAAUUGAUGGCAAGGCUUGACGGAGUAUUGGAUGAGAAAGGCCAGAGGGCGGCCAGUGACUUCAACUCUGCCCAGAAGAUUCACGAGUUGUUAAAUGAAUUAAAAGAAGCUGAGAAGGGGAGGAUAGAUGCUCUGGCAGAAGGAGAGGAGAGGAGGAGACAGGCAGAACAACUAGCUGAGAAAGUCAGAAUGAAGGAUGAAGAACUCAAAGAGGCUGAGGUAAAAAUGGCAGCUUGGAUGGAGAAGGGUAAACAACUACAGACCAGGGCAGAAGAGCACCGUAACGUCAUGGACAAACUCCAAGGGGCUCUUGCAGUGCGAGAGAAAGAGACCAGCAACCUGCAAAGGCAACUGCAAGAUCUCCAGCGCUCUCUGGAAACUAUGGAAAAGCAGGCCAAAGUGGAGAGGAAGGGAAUGCAAGAGGAUAAAGAAGAGCUUGAGAAGAAGAUGAGUGGUCUGGAAGGGCAACUGCAAAGAUUGCGGACACAGCUGAAGGCUAAAGAAUCUGAUCUUCUCGCCAGUUCCAAGAAAGUCCAGUUUCUGGAGAAGGAAUUGGAGAAGCUUAAUAGGGAGAAACAGAAUUUGAUGGUAACCAUAUCUGAACUGGAGAACAGCACUAAAGAACAGGCUAAAAAGAUUGAUGAAUACAAAGAUAGCUGUGCCAUGCUUAUGGAGCAAAACGGCAAGUUCCUCCAGACGAUGAGCAAGAAUGAGGACACCAAGAAGGAGCUGCUUGAAAACAAAUCUUCCCUGGAGAGUGAGCUGGCUGGAUUGAGGGCCUCAGAGAAGCAGUUGCGAGCGCAAAUUGAUGACGCGAAAGUGACAGUGGGUGAACGAGAGCAGCGGAUGAGAGAGGAGAACAGGAGUCUGGAUGAGAGGCUGCAUAAGGCCAACAUGCAGUUAGAGGAAUCCGAGAGCUCAAUUCGCCAACUGGAGCUGGAGAACAAGGACCUCAUGGAGGUUCAGGUCACUCUUAAAGCGGCUCUCACAGCUAUGCAGGAGGAGAUACGCAACAUCAACAGCCAGAUUGCUGAACUUGAGAAGAGUCUUGGAGCUGCAAAAUGCAACGAGGAAAACCUGACCGCACAGCUUAAAGAUAAGGAUUCCCAACUGGAGGACCGGGAGAAGCUCUGUGAGGAGCUCCAAGGAAGGGUGGAAGAACUUGAAGGUCGGGAGAGGGAUUUGGAAAUGGAGAAGACGAAGGCAGAAAGAGCUUUCGUUAAACAAACAGAGAUGAUUAGGAGUCUUGAGGACCAGAGGCAGGUUGCAGAGAAGGUCCAACUUGAGCAGAGUGCAUAUCAGGCUAAAGAAACACAAGAGAUGGCCUCAAAAGUGACUCUUCUGGAAGAUCAGCUGGGAUUGAGUGUGAAAGAAGUUUCUAGGCUUCAAGAGGAUGUGCUCGAUCUCAGGGCUAAACUUUACAGUGCUGUGGAGGAGAAGGACAAGUCUCAAGCAAAGCUUGAUGUCACUGAGGCUUCCUGUGCAGAACUGCGGACUUUGACUGAGCAAUUAAAGAAGCAGGCAGAGGAGCAGAAUCGACUGCAUGUGAAUGAGCUCCUACAGUCCAGCGAAUGUGUUAAAGCCUUAACUUCGCAACUGAACCAGGAGACAUCUGCACACAAGAAAACAACUGCUGAACUUACUUCAGCCCAAGAGGAGCUGGUAGAGCUCAAGGCCCAGAAUGAACGGAUGGUCCUGGAGAAUGCUGAGACCAGAGAGUGUCUCCACCGAGUCAACACAGAAAUGGCGGAGCUGGGAAUAACAAUUUGCCAACUCACCGCAGAGCGGGAAGAGGCCCGGGAAAAAAUGGCUGCCGAAACUGCUCGGAUACAAGAACUGCAACAGCAAGGAGUGAAGGAAAUGGAGCGACUCAGUGCCAGCUUGGUGGCUCUUCAGCAAGAAAACUCUAGUCUACGUGAAGAGCUCCAGCAGACGGAGAAACUUUCAGAAACUCUGCUGGAAAUAAAAGAGCUGCUGGACAAAACAGAGGGUGAGCGGGAUGCUGCGCGAGAAGAGAUCGCUGCAGUGAAAUUUCAGAUGAGCGCAGAGAACAUGACUUUCAAGAACCAGAUAAAGAGUCUUAAUGAAGAGAUUGAGGGUUUGAAAACUCAGCUAGACAUGGAGUUGAAGAAGACGUCUGAGCUGGAGGCCAAAUUAUCAGAGUCAGAGGGCGUGAAUACAGAAUACUCUCGUCUGAUUGAGGAGAAGGAUUCUCACAUCACUGAUUGUGACACUCUGAUACGUGAGAAAGAAUGUGAGAUGCAGCAACUGCAAGAAAGUGUAUCAAGUACCAAAGAGGCUCUUAGUGACGUACAGAAGGAGAGGGAAGAAUUGAAGCAGAAAUUGGAUCAGGUGUUUACGGAGAAUCAGAAACAGCAUCUCCGGAUGUCUGCUGAGCUGGAGGAUCUGAGCCAAACCAAACUAAACCUGGAGGAACGGCUCAUCGAACUUAUUAGGGAUAAGGAUGCUCUGUGGCAGAAAUCGGAUGCUCUGGAGUUCGCACAGAAGCUGAGGGCGGAGGAGCAAUGGUGGCUGGUGGAUAAAGAGGCUACACACUGCCUGGGCUGCCAAGGCCAGUUCACGUGGUGGCUGCGGCGGCAUCACUGCAGGUUGUGUGGUCGUAUCUUCUGUUACUACUGCAGCAACAAUUACGUAAUGACUAAGAAUGCAAAGAAAGAGCGCUGCUGUCGAGAGUGCUACACGCAGCACGGCGCCGUGGUGGAAAGAUUUACGAAGGCUGAAAUCAACAGCUUGACAGAAGAUCAACCGCCACCCCACCCAAAUGCUGCAGUUCAACCACCACCACCCUAUAUACCCACACCAAGAGUUACAGUAACAGAUCCUGCUGAGAAACCGGAUGAUGGGGUGUUUGACAUCAUAACAGAGGAGGAAGUGAACGAGAUCUAUGACAGCGACUCGCGUACCACCACUGGAUCACAGGAAGAAGGAGAUGGAGGUCAAACUGGAGACAUUAGCAUAUCAAGUGAUGUGACCCCUGAUGAACAGGAAGACAUGGUCUCUUCUGUACAGGAUGCAGAAAUCACCCUCCUCAUGUCAGGAGAACUCACUGCCUCUGUGCCUCUGGAUAUAGAUGAGAUUCCUCAUUUCGGCGAAGGUUCCCGUGAGCUUUUUGUCAAGUCCAGCUGCUAUAGCACCAUUCCCAUCACCGUGGGUGACCACGGGCCCAUCAUCAGCUGGGUGUUCUCUUCCGAGCCAAAGAGCAUCUCCUUCACUGUGGUGUACAGAGAGACACUCGACACACCUGUUGAGCAGGCCAAGGUUCUGAUUCCCCUCACACGCUGUAACUCGCACAAAGAGACCAUACAGGGCCAACUCAAAGUCCGCAACCCAGGAGUCUACACACUCAUCUUUGAUAACUCGUUUUCCAGAUUUCUCUCCAAGAAGGUCAACUAUCACCUGACCAUCGAGAAGCCAAUCAUCUACGAUGGAAGUGACUUCCCUUAAAAGUGGCUUUGUGGUGGUGUGUAGUGUCCUCGUGUGAGCUGUGUUUUAUUUUUAUCCUUAUUCAUUUCAGACCUGUCCCUGUGUGCCAAGGGUUUCUGUUUCUGAGUUUUAUGGGUUAGUAUAGUAUUAGUUUUUAUGUUUUUCCGCUGAUAGCACAGAGGUUAUCUGUUGUGACCUGCGUUAAGUGUCAUGGAAGGGUUUCUAAAGCACAUGUACUCAUUGGAAGAGGAUUAUUUGCUGGUGAUUCUUAUUUUUUAGUUUUUCGUGUUUUAUUUUCCUUGUGGAUUCAGUAUUUUAAAAUGAUUUCACAAACACUACAGAUGAACUCAAAGCAUCAGUGAUAUCAGCAGUUUAAGCUCACAUGGCUAAACAUGCAAAGAUACGACAAUCUCAAAUUAAGCUUUAAAAAUGGUCAAUUCAGAGAAGUCAUUUUCAUUUCUAGCUGCUUAUUCAUGCAAUGUGAGAAUGUACUAUAUUAUAUACAUACUAUAUGCCCUUGAGUUUACCAAGUACACAGAAAAAGUUUGUUUUUCAUACAUACAGUCAUGUUAACUGCCAGUAUUUUGGCGUAUUUUUAUGGUCUCUUUAUAACAUUUUGAAACCAUAAUGCUGAGAAUUUCAUACAGGGUAAAACUGUGUGGUACAAAAAAAGCAAUAAGUGUCUUAUAUGUCUAGCUAACAGUCAUUUUUUUUUUUUUUUACUCAAAGCUGGAUAAUAUAAGAUGUUUAUGUCCUAUAUCAGUUUCACUUAAUUUUGUAGUCCCCAACAGCUAGGUCAAAUUGCCUGACAGCAAUUGUAAUAUUUAACUAUAAAUAAUACCAUUAUAUUAUAUAUGCAGAAUGUAUACACAUGCAAAUAUGGCACUUUUUUAUUAUUCUACUCAGUCUAUGCAGUAAUUUUGCUUACAAUACAUUGAAUGAAAUGGCACAUACUUUAGCACUUGCACAGAGUAUAUUUUUUUGCAAAUUACUCACAUUCAUAAUGUUCAUUUCUGUUUUCUCUAAACUGUAGAAUAUGCAUUUCUGAAUCCUCAUCCUUGGAGCUCAUCAAACAUUAGUAAUAUGAACACUAAGGGUAUUAAAUGUGCAUUUAAUGGACUUUGAAAGCAAAUAUUCCAGACACACGUUUAUUCAUUGCAUGUAAGGUUCACAUAUAAUUUUCCCGGUGACAAAGCUGAACUGCUGCUCUUAAGAUUUGUUUAUAUAUUUAUAUCCCAUCUCAAGCUCCUUUUUGAACUAUGUGCAAUUUUCAAAUAUUUUCUUAAUAGGUCUUGUUCUUUUACAAGAGUAAUGGUAUUUUAAAUAAAUUGAUACUUCUGAAGUACUUUUUAAAAGCCGUUGUUCAGGAAAUUGUGAAUAAUUCAUGAAUGUCACUGAUUUUAAUUAUGGUAUUUGUGAAUCUAUGCAAUCAAUGUUUACAAUUUGCAGAACCCUUUAAAUGUAAUAAAGUUUUAUCAGUUCAACAUCA